GUGGUCAGCGCAGCCAUUUCCGUGCCCCUCACGGAAAAACAUGCAGGGGGUGGCAUUUGUCCAUCACGCGCACAGCUAAAUCAGUCAUGACUUUGGCUGCACGACUUCACGCUCAAGUCUGCAUCAUCGAUUAACAGCCGAGAUCUCCAAACUUUCUCCUCAAUUCAACGCCUGCGCAGACAAUACAAGCUCUCUCCCUUCAGCUCCUGCUCCUUUUCCCUUUUUUUUUCUGUUUCUGUGUCAGCCAUGGAGGGAGAUCUGCAAGGAGGCAGCAACCACGUCGCAGCGCUGCAUGUGAAAACUGAAGCGGUGGAUGAAAAUGCAUCUGCGCUGGUUUUGGGCAGGCAGGAGUCGCCUGCGCCCUGCGGAGAUACCGCAUGCAGAGGAGGAGGAGGGGAACAGACUGCAGAGGAGCUGGCUGACACAGAGCUGCAAGCUGCCACGACAACUACUCCUGUACUACUGUACCCUGUUAGCACAGAGCGGUUCUUCACCACAUCUGGGGAUGGAAAAACAUACCUGAAGAUAGCUCCAGUUGGAACAUCCAACUGGGUCCAAGUUUCAACUUUGAUGGACGCCACCCUCUGCGACACCAUUGGCACUCAGAUCGUCAACAACAAACGAAGCAAAGGCGGCAGCACGGUUUCUACACUGCCUGCUCCUUUGGCUAAGAUCGCUGCAAAGCCCCUGCAGCUUCCACAGCCGACAUCCACCAUCAUCCGUCCUAGCAGUGACUUCGCUGCUGUUGCUGGUGGUGGUGGUGGUGUGGACUCAGUAGGUCUGGGCUCCAGUGCUGGCACCGCUGCCAGUACGUCAGUGACUCCAGCGACAAUUAGCUCAACUAAUGCUCCAGACCUCAAGCCCCUGAUCGUCCUCAAUGGUGACAUUGUUACUACUAGUAUUCACCCAGCCACCAUUGUGCCGGCUCCUUCUUUUAUCACCUCGCCUUGUUUUACAGAAACAGCCACCACAUCCCCUUCCCUCAUCUCCACCAGCAACACAGACCUCAACACACUGGGCUACACGAGCCGCAAAGCUCCAUCCAUCUCAUCAGGUGUCAUCCCUUUUCGCCUGAGUACAACAUCGCUCACCCAAAGCCAGAAUCUCCUCGGCCUCUCCUCUUCAUUCCCCCUCACGUCCUCCUGCCUCACUUCCUCUGCAGCCACCUCUUUGUCUACAACAACUGUGUCUGGAACUGAAGGACAGAACCAGAAGGAGAAAGCGGAGCAAGGCGGAUCCACUUUGUUCCAGGAGAUUCUGAAGCGACAGGAGGAGCAGGCCUACCUCGAUCGAGUGGCUCGCCGCAGGGUUGAAGCCAGAGAGAAGAGGCGCGAGAGGAGGGAGGUGCGAAUGUCCGAGUCCCUAGGAAGGAUAGCCACGGCCCUGGAGCUGCUCUCCUCCAAACAGGACACAGUCAUCGCCCUCCUACAGAGGCUGGCUGAUCGGAAAUAAUCUACGGUGAAGGCCUGGAAAGUAGAAUCUCCUGACCUUGUUUUUUCCCCACCUGAGAUCCUCCUUAUGAAGCUCUCAUGCACUAUAAUGCUACUUUAAUAAGCAUAAUUUAAUAUAAAUGUGAAUUUGACAAACUCUUAACUAAAUAACAGACAAGCGCAAAGGUGAGUCAUUGUUCUGUGCUUUUAAAUUGUUGUGCUUUGUAAAUAUGUUAGUUUGCUUCACUAACAUCAAAUAAAAAGAUUCUUUGGA